CCCGAGUUCUGGCGUGAAAGGGUCGGUCCCAGUGACGUCAGUACGAACUACGCAGAAUCGUAUUAGCAAUAUUUUGUACAGUGAAAAGGUCCUAGUUUGCGGAGCUGCGUUGGAUAAUAAAAAGGGAGCUUUCCCAGACUUUGCUAAGCGACAGUACGAGAUCAUAAAUUACCGGAUAGCAUUCCGGUUUAACGACAAAGAAUGUCCAUCCGCGAUAUGCAUUAGUUUUCCCCCUUUCACGAAAACGUUUUCUUCGUUGCCAAUACGCAAGCUGGAUCUGACUGGCACUAUACUACACGUCCUCACACCCUUGUUACUUCAGCAAAAGUAGAAAGAAACAGGGAAAUCGAAAAGAGGGAAAAUCCCCACUUCGAUACUUCAUCAAGAAACUAGAGAGAAGCAUCCCUAUGUAAGAUUUUACUUAAAAGCGAAGAGAAGAGAGCUCGAGUGAAAAUUUGAAGUCUUUGCUGUCGCUAAGAAAACGAAAUUUGCUAAAUACGUGUAUUGGAAUCGAACCAAAACGCUUAUCAAAGCCACAACAGGCUAAUACUAAAGAAUCGGAGCAAUCCGGAAUGGUCAUUUAUAAGGAUUCAUGCUUGGCUGGCUGAAAAGAAGGGCCAGAGUGACCAUCAACUCUCGUUACAUCACUCUACUAAGGAGAAAUAUUUCACCCGACAUGAUUGUCCCAGAAUCUGUUCAGACCAUGUUUAACCAGCAUAGUCUCAAGCUGGUGGUGUUGAACAGUGAAGGUCAUGAUUAUCAGCUGGAGGUUCCCACAGGAACAACAGUUGAGAGGAUAAAAACCAUGGCCAUUGGACACUUCUUCAAUCCCUUAGAGUUGGAGGGAAUCAGUGUAACAGAUGACAAAGGAGAAACAACCAAAACGGGUAACAAGAGCAGGACGUACCGCUUGGUGCUGGUGAGGGAAGGUCGACCACUCUUGGAUGUCAACUCUCUCCAACUUGAGCAGCUUAUAGAUAAUGAUGAGUUGCUCUUGAUUGAUGGCCGUGAAGCUCCAACUAUCAGGGAGCCAGCACCAGAAGAAAUGACCAUCCCAACAAUGAGGGAGAUAGCUGAAGCUACAGUAAACCUUGCAAAACGCAACCACAACCGUGAUCCAGAUCCAAUGAAUCAUUCAACUGAUUUUCAGAUAGAAUUUCGAAGAAUCUUGAUAACAAUGAUUGAAGCCUCCAUCCGCCUAAUUAGUGCUGAUCCAGAUUCUGAGGAAAUCUUCACCCAGAUCUUGGACAAGCUUGAACGUAGACACAGGCCACGCAUUGACAAAAAUGCACUCCGACAGCUGACAGACAUGGGCUUUCCAGAGGCAGAAGCCACCAAAGCAUUACAUGCCAAGAGAAAUGUUAUGGAGGCAAUGGAAUGGCUUCUAGAACAGGGCAACAGAAGCAGUAGUACAGCUGUCAGUGAUGAAGUUGAUACUGCAAGCAACAGGAUGGCCACAGAACAAACAGCAGCACAUGCUACAGUUUCUUCAACUUCCACGGAUAUGUCUGGGGAUCCAGCCAAGAGGAUAUUGAACACUUUCUUGCAGUACCAUCGUAAAUGGUUCCAGCCCAACAUGCAGGUCAUGGAAAAACUAGUAAACAUGGGUUUCAGUAAAGAGCAGGUCACUGAAGCUCUUCGUUGCAGUGGAAAUAAGCAGAAUAGUGCAUGUGAAUUACUGUUGAGCAACCGUUCCACAAUGCCAGAUGACCAAGGAUUGGAACGAGAUUCACCAAUUAUCUCGGCCAUUCUUGCAUCGCCUGUGAUACAACUGGCAUUACCAAAGCCAAAAACACUUUUAGCUCUGAUGAUGUUGUUUGAAAGCCCUAAUAAUGCUAAUAUGUGGUUAAGUGAUCCAGACACACAUCCAGUUGUUAGCCAAGUACUGAGGAUUUACCAUGCAGAAAAGCAUUGCCUGAGUCACAAUCGUCCUCUAGCAACAUCAGGAUCAGUUGAUCCACCAGCUGUGUCACACGCUUUAGGGAUGAUAAGAGUUGGUACUUCUGUGAAUCCAUCUCCACUCCAGCAGUCACAGUUUGCCAGUGUAACAUACACUCAGCCAUUUCCCCUUAGCAUAAGAAGUGCUAGUAGCAAUGGAAUGGCAGGCAUGAGAAGCGCUAGUAGUAGUGGGAUGAUGACAGUUGACCAACCGUCACAUUCACUCACCAUGUCACCUGUAGCUAUGCGAAGAUCAUCAGCAGGACCACUGCCUUCUAGUCUGCACAUGAAUGCCUCCCCAAGUCCUCCAUCCAUUCAUAACUUCGCAGCUGUUCGACUAAACCCAGAAGAAUCAAUGUCCCUCUCUGGGUCGCCAGUCAGGGCACGGGGUGGAGCUCGUAGCCUUUCUGACCUGACAGGGAGUCAAUCAACUCCAGAAAGACCGUCUUAUGAAACCAGUGCAAGACAUACACAAAAUUGUGUUAGUCCAAUUACAUCUAUAGGUAGCAAUGAUGUAGAAAUGGAAGAUAGGACUGAUUCUCAUGCUAUGGAAACAAAGUGAACAUCAAAACUCAGUGUAUCUUUCAUUUAGCUUUUUUAACCCCUUGAAUGUAGAUGGGAAAGAUACAUGCUAUGUCCACUGAAAUUUUAGCUUAUUAAUUGUGUUUACAUAUGGAUGGCUCCGCAAGUGCUGAAUCACCAAGGAGCCAGUUAUUAGUCCUACCUGUCUCGCUUGCUUACCCAUUUUCUUGAUUUUUGGAAAGGUCCUUUUUUAUGAAUUCAAUAUUUUUAACUUUAUUACCUUAAUCACAACAAUAAUCAUAAUGUCAAUAAUAAUAACAGUGCCAAUAUUAAUAGCAUAAAAAAAACAUUUACCACAAAUUCAAGGACUGGGGAAAUCAGGAAUGGUGACUCCAUGGUGGCUGAGCACUUAUGGAGCCAUCUGUGUGCACCAGAAUUGGAAAAAAACUACAGUGGAUAGUGCAUAAACCCAUGGCAAAUGGGUUUAUGGAACAGGUCAUCUUUUAUUGAACAGAGAUACUAUGUGCUUUGUGUAAAUUCUCAUGGAACAGAAGCUAAAUCCCUUCACAGUGAAUCUUUAUCUUAACUGCUUUAACCCUUUCAUUGCCUCAAAUGGGUAUAUCUGCCAAAGAUGUUCAUGGUUGCCAAAAUUAUCGUUACAGUCAUUUUGAUAUCAGUUGUACAGCUGGCUGAUUUUAGUUUUAUAUAUAGCUCUAUAUAUAGCUAGGUAGCUCUAUAUAUAACUAUAUAUGAUUAUAUUGCUCAAUAGCUCUGUGCAGCUCUAUAAUUCUCUACAUAGCUAUAACUCCAUGUAUAUCUCUAGCUCUUUAUAUUUAGCUCAGUCAGUCAGUUGAUCACUGGGCUAAUGCUGACAGGGAUGCAUAGUUGCAUCCACCUUUUGUUUCCAUCUAUGAGGGUCCCUCAUGGUGAGCCACCAGGUGCAUCCUUGGUCCAUCUCUAACUCUGAUAGGUCUUUUCAAGCCACAACUUAAUUGGUUGUGCCAGGGUCCUCCACCACCCAGGGAUGUCUCAGGAGGAGACAACAUGGUGGGCUGGAUUGUCUUUGGAGAAAAAACCAGGUGCCCAGUGCAAGAACACCUCUUUUACAGUUAACCCCUUUUUGCUGGGUGAAGAAAAUAAAUAAAAAAGUCAAUGCUCAGGAGAUUAAUGGCAGUGAGCCAGUGAGCCGGCUUGUAGUGCUUUGGCGUGUCGCCGCAGCGUACAGCUGCACUCCACAGAUUGAGCGUAUUUUUUUUGGGGCCCAUCAUAAAUAGGUUAAAAACAUUAGUAGGACUGAAUAAGAGACAUAAAGCUAAAAGCAUGUUUCAAUUUUAGCUCCAUCAACUAGAGUAACCUGUUACUGAAAACUAGAAUCUGUUGGAGAGGUUAUGGCUACCCCGUGAAGAUGGUUUCAUCCAAUAUGGCCCAACCAGUAAAAGGUGUAAUCACCUACACAUUUUAUGCUGCUGCCAGGCCCCCUCGCUUCCGAGAGGACAGCCACCUCGUCUCAAAUUUUCUAUUCCCUCAGUAGAAGCUGUUAUUGAUCGUCCUGCCACAAGGAGUGGAUGAUUCAUCUCUCUCUCUCUCUCUCUCUCUCUCUCUCUCUCUCUCUCUCUCUCUCUCUCUCUCUCUCUCUCUCUCUCUCUCUCUCUCUCUCUCUCUCUCUCUCUCUCUCUCUCUCUCUCUCUCUGUAUACAUGCAUAUAUGUGAUAUGUUUUGUUUGACAAUUAUUUCUCAACCAUUCUAAUUUGGAUAUUUACAAUAUAAAUAAUUUAGCCUUUUCCAGUGUUGUUCAAUGGUAUACCUAUCUGAGAAUGAAAAUUGCAUAUUUCAUCCAUUAGGAGUUGACUGUUUACCUGGUCAUUUGCUUUACUUUACAUGUGUAGCACUGCAUACUGGGCUAAGUGACUGGUUGGAGAGUCAUUGUCUUCCAAAUGAUUAAGACAGUUUUGGAAGAGGACCGUGGGGUAACUGUGCAUUUGGCAGUUAAUUUUUAAAAUUCUAUCGGCAGAUGUAUCCACUUGUGGCACUCCUGUACGUGAAAUUAAUUCUGCAGUGAAAGGGUGGACAUACUAAAUGGAAUGACCUGCUUUCCCUUGGUGUUGGGUCUAUGUCUAUAUUGUAUGCUUGUAUUUUAAAAUAAAUGUGAUAGGUGAAUUGAAAUACUAGCAAUUCUGUAAACAAGAAAAAAUGGAAUGUAACCAGCUUUUGUAGAAUUUACAGUCAUAUAACACAUAGGUAGUUGCCACCUCAGUGAGUGUUUUGCUAAUAGGAAAGUUUAUUAAUAAAAAAAAGAAAAGCACAGUCACUAAUUUUUGGCCUAAAGGAUUUGAAAUACUGCUACAGUGAAAAAGGAAACAAGAUCCUCAAAGUUUUACAAAGAUUACUCUACUCAAGUGGAACACCAAAAAGUUACUGUUGAAAAGAAUUAUGUAUUUUGGUUCCUUUCUUCUUAUAGCAAUAUUUCAUCUCAGGCAUACAUGCAUGUGCACACACACACACACACACACACACACACACACACACACACACACACACACACACACACACACACACACACACACACAC